UUCGCAUUGCCGUUGACCAUUUUGAUUUAUGCACUUCUGGCAAAUGAAUGGUUCGAGGAUACACAAGGAGUACUUCUAUCCCUAACUGUGUCAUUCGUAUUGUGGUAUUUGGUACUGAAGUUGUUUUUUCUGUAUGGUAAGCCUACUCGCGACGGGAUAAGUCAUGAUGAAUCCCGUGCGAAUGUGCAAUCGGUUGCUUCAUCGUGAACCUCAAUCAAAUGGUCAAAACACACUCAGAACAGACGGCCAAAAUUGGCGAGCAAAACAGAAAAUGAAGUAAUCUCAGCUACGCUUGUAUUUGCUCUUUCUCUUUGGUGUGUUGAAUUUCAGCUGUGGUGAAGUUGAGUUGGACAACGGCUGGAUUUCUGAACGGCUGAUUUCAAAGGCAGUCAAAGGACAUUGAGAGCAUCAGUUCUCCGCAGAACUUUGUGGCAGGCACUUGUAACAAAAUUGGCAAUCCAAGCUGAGAAAAAUAGAAAACAAAGGAAAUAAAGCACAAAGCAAGUGUUAAUGCAUUGUUCCCAUUGUAAUAAUAAAGAUUCAACAAAAUAAUUAUAAUUGCCUAAUAUACGCAACGCUUUAGAUUGUGAAUUUAUUUAUUGCUGCACUCGAAAGCAAAGCGAAUUGAUGUGCAUUAAAAACAAAUGUUUUGUAUCGAUUUGUAGCAGAAAUUUUUGAGUAGCGCAUAUUUGUUGAACACUCGCACAGACACAAGCGCACUUCUGUGUCUGUGUGUGCGCUUCAAGUGUGUGUGUGUGUGUGCGUGUAGUGUGAGUGUGCAGCAGGCUGCAGUGUAGCGGAAACGGAAGUGACAACGCAAAACUGAACAGGAAGCAGCUGCUGUCCAGUGGGCACACAACGAUGCAAAAAUGACGCCAAUGCCAUGAGAAAAUUUUAAGAUAAGGAAUCGACGAAGAGAAAACAAACCCAAAAAUAUAAAGAAGAAAUUUAUAGUAUAUCACAAGUUCCUGCAAAGCCUUAGCAACAAUAAAGAAAUAUCACCAGAUACAUCUAUAUGUUAUGUAUAUGCUUAUAUAAAGAGAAUAUUAAUUGUAAGUGCGAAUCGUGUGCCAAAACAACCAAUAAAAACAAAAGGGGAACAAGCAGCGAGCAGCGGCAUCACGCAUACGCCGUGUGCCACAAAAAAAAAACUGACGAACACAGCGAUUAUCAAAUAGCAUCCUUUUAAUUGGGCCAACGUUGCUGUGGUCCUUUGUGCUAUUUCUUUUCUUUGGCAUCGGUAGCCCAACAGAGCUAAACCAAUGCAUUUGAGUGCACAACAACAACGCCCCAAGCAACAACAACAACAACGCGAGCAACAAGAGAAACAUCAGAGAAGGCGUUCAACAUUUAGCAAAGGACGACAACAAUGUCAUCCCUGCAGCGUGAAUGGCAUUUACAGGGUUCACGGGGAUCGGUUUACUGCGCGAGUGAACCGGACCCAGCUGGUGGAGUCCAGUACGAGUCGGGAGGGCUCAUUCUCAACGACACGCUGGCUGCAUCCCACAACACCAAGUGCAGCAACGGUGUUGCGUGUCAGCCCACAAGCGGAUCGCUCUUCUCGGUGGUGUCCGCUCCACCGGCACCGCUGCCCAAUGUGCCCGCCGUUGUGGUGCCGCUGGCCGAACUGGAUGUCAAGCAGAUGCAAGCACUGUGCGUGCCUUCGCCCUCGCCCACGCCAUGCGCCUCGCCAUCGACCUGCACCUCGCCAGCAGCCCGACGACCCGCCACGCUCAGCCUGGACACGCCGUGUUGCCCCCGCACGCUGCACGCCAGCCUGCUGGAGCAUCAGAUCUCCGAGCUGGAGGAGGAUGACAACGAGAACCUGUUGACCGUGUCCAGCAUUACGGCACGUCCGUUGAUAGCCAAAUCGCAUGAGUUGCGCAGCAGUCGCAACAAGCAACAAGCGUCGGGCACAGCGCGAGCCAAGUGCCUGAGGCGGGCCAGGGAGCAGCUGGAGCAGCGACCAGUGCAGCGACGCAACAAGCAGCUGGCGAAGGAUCGUGACUCAUCCACCAGCACCACCGAAAGCAGCGGCGGUGUCGCUGAGCCACCCGAUGGCGGCUACGGUUGGUUCAUUGUCUUUGGCGCGUUCUCGGUGCAGUUCUGGGUCGCCGGUCUGGUCAAAUCGUAUGGCGUGUUGUAUGUGGAGAUUAUGGAAACGUUUCCCAGCUCAACGGCUACCGUUGCCUCCUGGAUUCCAGCUAUCCUCUCCGCCCUCUGCCUCGUCCUAGCUCCACUCUCGAGCGCUCUCUGCCAGCGUUUCUCCUGUCGCUCCGUUGUCUUUGUGGGCGGCAUUUUCUGUGCCCUUGGCAUGAUACUCAGCUACUUUGCCACCAAUCUGCUGCACUUGCUCUUCACCUUUGGCAUUCUAACAGGCAUUGGAGGCGGACUCUCGACCACGCCGGGAAUCGUGAUUGUCUCGCAGUACUUUGACAAGCACCGGGCACUGGCCAACGGAAUCUGCGUGUCGGGCACAGCGGCAGGCAGCUUUGUGCUGCCCAUAUUGAUUAAACACCUGGCGGAGAAUUGCGGCUUCCAUGGCACCAUACUGAUUCUCGGAGGUUGCAUGUUGCACGUCUGCGUCUCGGCAACGCUUUAUCGGCCCCUCAGCGCCAUUGCUGAGAAAGACCAGGCACAAGAUGUCGAUAGCAAGCCCAUGGGGGAUGACAUCAAUCCCAGCACGACGGGCAUGCUGACCACAUCCACGUACUUGGACACGUGUGAGGUGGUGUCCAAUGAGCUGAAUGAUAAGUUCAUUGAGCAUUUGUUUCUGGAGGAGUGCAAGAACCACUUGAACUACUAUGCCAGCAAGCAGCCAGCGCAAGACAAGUCGGCACAGGAGAGCGACGAUGAGGUCAAAGACAUCAUUGGAGAAACCACCUUCAUCAAGCCCAUGAAAAAGGUGCGCAGUUCCGGGCUGCUUCACUCUGUGGAGGAUCUCAGCACAGACUCCACUUGGGUGUAUCGCAAGCAUUCGGGAACCGACUCUAAUCGAGGCAGUCGACGACGUCGCAAUGUGUUUGCCAAUGAUGAGACCAUAAGCAAGAUUCAAGCCCAUCUCGAGAAGCCGCUGUCGCCGCCAAGCGUCGUCAGUCGUGGUCUCAGCAAAAGCAUGGAAAUUCCCACGCCUGUCAGCAAUCUCAGCGAACUCAAGCAGCAACAGCAACAGCUGCAGCCUUCAGACAGCAGCAUACUGGACUCACAGCUUCUGGAAUCGACUGUUGUCUAUGAUGAUGACGACGACGACAAUGAUGUCGCCGAUGACGAUGACGAUGAGCGUCAGCUGAAGCAGGGCUGUUGUGCUCGCAUCGAAAUGUAUCUGGACAUCAGUCUGCUGCAGGAUCCCAGCUUCAUUCUGAUGUGCCUUUCCGUCACCCUCAUGUCCGUCGGCUGUCCCUACAUGCUCUACUAUUUGCCCGCGCAUGUCAUAUCCAUUGGCUACAAUAAAAGCGAAGCGGGAUAUUUGGUGGCCAUAAGUGCUGUGCUGGACCUUUGUGGUCGCCUAGGACUUGGCUGGCUGUCGGAUCUGCAGCUCUUUGAUCGCAAGAAGACCUAUACCCUAUGCAUUCUGGGCGCUGGUCUAGCUGUGCUGACGAUACCCUUCGCCAAGACUCUGAUACUCGUGGGGUUAUCGGCCGCUGUGUAUGGACUUUGCCUGGGAAGUUGGUAUGUGCUGAUGCCAGUGCUGCUUGCGGAUGUGUUUGGAACGGAUCGGAUUAGCUCAAGCUAUGGCCUGGUGCGGAUGUUUCAGAGCAUUGGAGCCAUCUCCGUACCACCACUGGCUGGCCUACUAAGGGAUUUAUCUGGUGACUAUGAGAUCUGUUUCUAUUGCAUGGGCUCCUGCAUGGUGCUGGGCUGCACUCCGCUUGUGGUCUGGACCAUUCUGGAGGCACGCAAUCAUCGUCUGUUUGUGCAGCACGAGGAGGACGAGUGCGAGGAGGCCUAGAGCAAAAGUUGGCCCUCAUUCGGGGGCUAGUUGUGGUUCAGUUUGUUGCUUAGCAGUUACUUGAUUAUUCAAAUGAAAUAUUUGUUGUUUGCUCCAUAAAGUUAGUCGUGUUUCGUAGCGUUUACAAUUAGCCCGAAAAUGUUUUCCAUAGCAGUACAAAAACCUGAGUUCGAAUGCCUCACCGAUAACGCUGAUAAUCUCACACAAAAGAAAAUAGAACAUUCUCUCCCUAUAUUAUAUGUUCUCACUAAUACAAUACUAUAUGUUUACAUCAGCCUGCUUAACAUGACUCUACAAUCUAUGUAUUUUAAAUAUAUAGCAUAAUGUUAUCCCAACAUGAAGAAGCACCGAAAGUUGCGCAAAGAACUGAGUUAAAAAGACAUGAACACCAACAAAUAAAUACCCAUUAAUAAAUAUAUAAAUAAUCGAUAUAUGAUAUACGACAUACGAUAAUUGAUAAAUGAUUUAUGAGUACAUAUACAUUCAGUUAUGUAUUAAUCUAUGUACUAUACAAUGUGUAACUAUACUUAGUUGUAGGUUUACGUGACCAUUGAACGCACACAAUAUCACCAAUAACAUAUUUUCAAGACACCUUUGAGAAGCGCUAAGAGAGGCUAUUACUUAUUAAAUGUUUAACAACUGUACUUCUACCAUUCUAAGCAUCAUUUUUCUGGAGCACACCAAAGCAUUGCAUUAAUCUAGUUGUAUAAUAGUUGUUGUGAGACAUUUACCCAAAACAAAAGAAUUUCAACAAAAAAAACACAAU